ACUGGUCUCAGUGACAUGGGAGAUGACAUCACAGAGCCAUGUACUGUACAGAGCCAUUCAUCUCCACCCUGCAGCAUGCAGAGAACACCUGGGAGAGAACUGAGUCUUAAAAUGUCGUCACUCUCAUCUGAAAACAGCUCGAUAGAGAUCCCAAAAGUACAGCACUUAAAACAAGAAAAUGCUGUUAUCGCCAAGGAAAACAUGGAGCUUUAUAAAAUGUUAAUCCUCACGCAACAAAAUCUGAUGUAUCGCUACACUCUGAGACAGCAUGAGUUUAAAGUGCGGAAUCUGUCCCCACCAAGGAGACAACAUAAGGCAUCACAGUAUUCCAAAGAAAUGAACAAUUCAAAUGAUCUGACGGAUUCAAGUGACUCAGAGGAUGUAAAGGAGAUAGAAGAACCCGAAUCACUCCCAUUGCACACUUUGGCUGCCACUGAAGAAAUAAAAGAACCGGACGCCCUCCCAAUAUACAAACCUGAAGAAAAAAGACAGGAGGCGGAACCACUUCCAUCGAACAAUAUUGUUGGCACUGAAGAAAUAAAAGAACCUGAAACCCUCCCAGAUUACAAUAUUGAUGGAAUUGAAGAAAUAAAAGAACCUGACGCCCUCCCAAUAUACAAACCUGAAGAGAAAAGACAGGAGGCGGAACCACUUCCAUCGAACAACACUGAAGGAAUAACAGACGAGGUAGAAUCCCUCUCAUUGCACGCUGACACCGAGGACAUAAGAAAAAAGAGCAAACCCCUGGCAUGGCACAAAAGAAGUUAUAUGAAAAUCGUCAGCCUUUUGGGAAGUCAGCGAGAAAAAAAAGAAGAUCCAGAGUCACUCUCGCUGCACGAGUCCCGGAAGCUUCCACCAGCUCACAGGAUUAUCGGUGAAAUUGGCUUCCAGUUGGAGAAAAGGAUUCUGUCAGCUGUCUUUCAAGAUGACGGACUGUAUGGACACUACAUAACUAAUAUAGGAAAUAAGAUUCUGCAGCAUAGCACCUGCGAAUUGUCCGGCCAAGUAAAUGAUGAAUUAAGAGCUACAAUGACUCAGCGCUACAAGGACCUCGUGGAGCGACUAAGGACGCUGGGAUAUGACCCUAUAGUGCACGUCCCUUUCACUGAGGAUUUAGUCAACCGCAAUGGAAUCGUGAAAGAACUGCCAGACGUUGGAACCGAAGAACGUACGCUGUUAACUGAUCUGGAAUAUCUGCGCGGGAUAAUAAAUGACUGCGUUCCAGGGGACAUGUUACCAUCCGUCCAUGUCCUCCUGAACUGUCUGGCACUGCUGGCUCAGGAGGAUGGAAAGCCGCUGUUCAUCUGGCAGUGAGGAGCACACGUUCCACCAAAUACCCUCAGUCUUGCCAAGGCAGGUUUAAUAAUAACCAUACAAUGCUGCAUUAGAACACCAGAAAA